AUGGGGAAGAAAGGCCUCACCUCCAUCUUUUCCAAGCUCCCCGCCGGCGCCGACGAGCCUUCUCCGCCGUGGCCGUGGCCGUCGUGCCGGAAUCCCCAGACGGCCUCCUUCCGUGAGGAAGACCGCCACCGGCCCUGCAGAACCGCCGCCGCCGUCAGCAGGAGCCCCGCGGCUGCGGCGAGGCUCAUCCACGGCGGCGCCGGGGAAAUGUACAAGACGGUCAACUCCGUCUACCAGCUUGACUACAUCUCCGCCGACGGCUCCUGCUUCGACGACGAGGAGGAGGCGGGGCAGGACGUGCUGGAGCUGGAUGACGAUGAUGGUUUCUCGACGACGACCGCGUCGGAGGAGUGGUCUGAGGCGGUGAUCCGCAGCCUCGGCCGCACGUCCACCGACCGCUUCUUCGUCGACCCUCCGGGCCCGGCGUCCAACUCCAUCUUGGCGCUUUCGCCGGCGAAGCAGUCGGCGGCAGCACCAGCGGACGAGGCCGAGGAGAAGCCGCAAUCGGAGCCGUUGGCGUCGACGUCGCUGGUGGAGGAGAGCGUGGCGGUGGCGGUGGACUCGGAGGACCCGUACGGGGACUUCCGGGCGUCCAUGGAGGAGAUGGUGGCCGCGCACGGGCUGCGCGGCUGGGAAGCGCUCGAGGAGCUCCUCGUGUGGUACCUCCGUAUCAACGGCAAGCACAACCACGCACUCAUCGUCGGCGCCUUCGUCGACCUCCUGGUCGGCCUUGCGGCCCCGCCAGCGUCGUCCUCUUCCGCCGCGCCAACCACCACCACCACAGCGACGACGAUGACGACCACCAGCGCCAGCGGCGGCAGCGGGAGCACCGCCAGCACCAGCACGUCCAGCAGCACAUGUGGCUGCGAGGGCGACGUCACUCCCGCCACCGCAACGACAGAGGAGCAAUGCGGCGGCCGGAACGGCGACGCCUCGCGCUCGCCUGCUUCAUCAAACCACAGCCUGCAGUGCAAGGACGACGAGGAGGAGGAGGAGGAGGAGGACCUCGCCGGCGACAAGGCAGGUGACGAUCUUAGCAUCAUGAGGAGUGCACACUAG